CUUCAAGUCACACGAGCGGCACCGCACCGACCGACCAGUGUUCCUCACUCCCUCGUUCCCGUUUCUGCUCUAUCCGCUGCUUGUGCUCGAGAGGAGAUGCGCCCUCUUCAGACGAAUUAGGGUGGAACCUCGAAGUGCUCAGAAAUAAUAGCGAAGCCUAGCAAUAGCAACAGCACAACGCGUAGCGCUCCCGUCUAUCAGUCAGGGUCGUACAGUACACGCAAUCGCGCCGCAUCGGCUCUCUCUCAGCGGCUAGUGGAGUGACAGUGCAGUAGACACGACCCUCAGCGCGUAGUUAGACUCCUCGCCAUGUUGCUUUUCCGGGAGCUCAUUAUUUGUGCGAUUCAAUUAUGCGAUUUACUGUUGUUAAAGAAGUCCGCUAAUCGCACAUAGGGACACCAUUCCCGACGCGCAUUCCCUACACGCACUCCCGAUAGCUCAGGUCCCACUGCUCGCGCGUUCAACGUCAACAUGGAAACUGGCCGACACAUUUAGUCUCCACGGAUGGACGAAUCUGCGUUUGAGAUUUUUGAGUCGACUCAAAAAUCACCGACGAAUCUGCGUUUGAUUCGACUAAAAAACGACAACAUGGAUACUGGCGAAGAGAUUUAGUCUCCACGGAUAGACGAAUUCAGAUAUUUACUUACGACGCGACCUUGCGACGCCUAAUUAUUAUCGGCUCGGAAAUGGCCGACGCUCAAUAUCGCCUUAGUGAGCUGUUCUUUUGACGAAGCUUUCGUAGUCGUCCCUCGCCUUCGUCGCCUUCCUGGUUUCGUUUCGCCGUCGCAGUCGUCGUCGCGUCGCCAUAUCCGGCGUCACUAGCAAGAUCGUAUUUGUUUACAACCCAUAGGCAAACGGCCACGUUUGAGCUCAGCGGCGGCGGCAGGGUUGAGGGUGUACCUCCGAGCAGCACCCAUAUGCUUGCAUUUGAGAAUGCAGGGCAGCGUCGAAGCUUGCUUCACGAAGCACGUAGCAGGAGGUAGUAGCCGUGGUGUUUAUCGUCCGUUACUCCGGUUCUUUCACAACUCGGGUACCUCCUUUUAACGGGGAUACCAAGUUUACGACCAUGAGGAAAAGCGAAUCAUACCAUGGACCGGCUCUCCGCGAGUCCCACCCUUACGCCACGUGUCCCUCCCCUCACGCCGCCACGUGUCCCUCGCCUUCCUCGUCUAUGCCAACCCAGCGGAUCCCAAUCCGCAUGCUGCGGCUCACAAGACAACCCCUGUGGCUCACUGGAAGCAGCACUUGCCAGAGCUGCUGACAACGCUACAAUCACACUCGCUUCAGGCACAUACACUCGCACCACUCCCCUCCCCCCCAACUCCACCACACCCCCCACCACCACCACGACCACCAUCACCUCUCUUCCCCCUCCCUCCGCCCCCAUCCUCCUCCCUCCCCUCCUCUCCCUCACCAUCCUAGGCCCGCCCCCCCCCUCCCCUCCUGCUAUCCUUAACUGCAAUGGCGGGCCUUGUAUCAUUGCCUCAUGCCAGCACAGCAGCAGCAGCAGCAGCAGCAGCAGUAACGGCAGCGACGGCGGCAGUGGUAGUGGUGGUAGUUGGUGUGGGCAGCAGCAGCCGGUGCUGGUGGUGGCGCAUUUGAGUGUGGUGAAUGGGGUGACCGCAGGGAGUGGAGGAUGCCUGCUGAUUGAUGGAUACAAUGCGGUGCUUAGCCACGUGUCCUUCUCUAACUGCACGUCAACAGGCCCCAGUGGCGGUGCAAUAGCUGUUCUAGGAGCUGCUACAGCUGCUGCUACAGCCACUGCCACAGUCGCCGCUACAGCUGGUGCUACAGCCACCGCUACAGCUGCUGCUACAACUGUCGUUGCUACAGCCCUAACCGUCAGCAACAGCAGGGCCGUGUCAGGGGGGGGUUUGAGCGAGUUCAACUCAUCUACCACCAUCGCCAACACCACCUUCACAGCCUGCACCGCCAGCCAAGGCUCCGACUUCACAGUUUUCCCCCGCGGGGGGGGCGCCCUCUUCAAUGCCUCCCUCUACAUGCACAUCCGCGACAGCCACUUCUCCCGCUGCUCCUCCUCCUCCACUGGGGGCGCCAUCAGCGUGCAGAUGGCGGUGGCGCCCCUUAUAGUCACGGGGUCGGUGUUUGAGGAGAAUGAGGCGCUCAUACAAGGCGGGUGCCUCGAGCUCAUCAUGCUGCCAGGCAUCUCCCAGCACAUGCUGGCAGUGCCUCGGCCAGCCAGCCACGAACCUGUCGCAGGGCGCAGCUGUGAUGUUCUCAUAUACAUGGACCCGCUAAUCCCUAUUACCAUCACGGACUCGGUCUGGGCCUCGCACCUCUGGCAAGGAGCAGCGCUGAUGGUGUGUUCGCUCACGGACCCCUUGUUUCCCAUUACCAGUACUCAUGCAAUCCCCACCCAUCAGGCCGGCCAAGCGGGGGCAGUGUUUCUGGAUUCCGGCAAAGCGACUAUAACGAAUUGCUCCUUUAUUGAGAAUGGCGACUACGAGAAUGCCCAGAUUGGUGGCGCCAUGGUGUCCCGCACCAUCACUGCCAUCACCAACUGCACAUUCCACGGCAACAGGGCGGCGGGCGAGGCGGGGGCCCUGCACUUCAUGCCGUAUAGCCCGCUGUCCAUCGCCAACUGCACCUUCACCAACAACUCCGUGCUCGCCUCUCAAGGGGGCGCCAUCAACAUCUACCCCGGCGUAUUCCCAGUGCACAUAUCUGGGAGCCGAUUUGAGAACAACACGGCGGGCUUAUCUCGGGGAGGCGCCAUCUACAGCGAGAGCAUGGAGCUGCACGUUGCUGAUGUGGUCUUCCAGGGGAACCAAGCUGGGCUACAGGGAGGGGCUGUGACGGUCUAUGGAGCUGAGUCCGAGGGCAAGCCUGCCACUGCGACCUUCACCAGAUGCACCUUUCAGGGCAACCGGGCGGCGCUAGGGGGAGGCGCUAUCUACUCGGGGCUGAGCGUGCGCAUGCGCUUGACGGCAGCCGCAUAGAAGAGAACCACAGCCAGGGCACGGGAGGGGGUGUUCUGGUGCAGGAGUUCUCUAGAGUGACCAUGGCGGACUGUGACUGCAUGGGGAACAGGGCAUCCACGGGAGGAGGCUGCCUCUCCCUCCUCGCCAAUGCCACGGCUCUCCUCUCCUCCUCUCGCCUCCUCCUCAACCGCGCCACCAGCGAGGGCGGCGCUGCCAGGGUCAGCGGAGCAGCCACGCU